UCGACACAAAAUGUCACAAGACGAUGGAAGAAGAGGAGUCGGGAAUAUUAAAAUGUUAUAUUUACAAGUUUAGACACAAUAUAGAUCUCGGUGCUGUAAGUGAGACCUAUCCAUGUAUAAGAUUCAGACUUCUGGCGGUGCUGCAUACGGACUGCAGUCUUCAGUUCGUGCAUUUGGACCCAAAAAUAAACACCGAGGUUCCCUCCCUCCAAAGCAUCAAAAGUUUUUUAUGGAAUAAAACAAACACAUCUGAUUCCUCUUCUGAUGAUGGGCCACAGCUGUAUUUUACUGUGGUUACUAAGGGGGACAAUGUAUGCAUGGUCUCCUACAAACUGAUGAAGGAUUCCCUGUGUUCUACUGCAGUGGAGUCCUACAACCUGACAGACGUGUUAACAACUAUAGGAGAACUAGCAGAGGACAGUAAACUUAAACUUCUGGAUGUUUCCCAUCAGCAUGCUGCUUUGCAGUGUGGGGAGAGUAUUGUUGGUUUGUCCUUAACCCGAAGUGAAGUAAGGGUCAUCUACAAGAUACCUCACCAUUCUUAUUAUCAGAUAACUGCCGGCAUCUUAAUACUACUGAAUGAGGAGCAGCUGAAGUUUUCAUUUUAUGACCUGCUCACGGGAAUCCUUGUUCUAACCCUGGAUGUCAGUCAAAGUAUUCUUCACUCCAAAAAACCUUCAAUAUGGAAAUUCUCAGAUGACCUUGGGCGCCUGGUCUUUCUGGAUACAGAUGGGGUUUUAUGGGUUCUAAAUGUCGAAGAGUUUACUUCACUGAUCGAGAACACAGUUAAAGUAGAACUUGAGAGACCAGAAAAGUUAAAAAGUACAGGUGACUUUGACACUUAUGCUGCAAGCAGAAUUGGGGAUGAGGCAUGGAGGGGUAAACUGUCUUCCCUGUUUCACAAGUAUUGUCAUGGAAAGAGUUCAAACCAGUGGUAUACACAGGACCGUAAAACCACCCCAAAAUCAGUCACCACAACCCCAUCCUCCAAGUCCAAGUCAAAGAGAGUUUCAGGUUUUCACAAGGUGAAAGAUGAACCAGAGGAUAGCUAUGUAGAGAGCAAGAUGGUGUUACCUGCUCUGGACAGUACUUCCUGUCAUGUGACUGAGCUGAUGUUCUACCAUUCUGUAGUGUCACUCAGGUGGAGGAUGAAGGAUCACAUGUCUCUGAUGAUUUGUAACUAUAAAUCUGGAACCAUUAUGCAGGAAAGACUGUCCCCCUCAGAGCAGCUGAUUCUGUCCCUGGAGCCAGACAACCCCCACCUGAUUCUGACCCCCACCCACCUGACGUGUGUCAUCGUGGAUGGUAGCUUACAGCAGGAGGGGAUAGUCAGCAAGACCAUGAUGUAUGCCGGGGCCAGUGUAGCCGACUCUCUGUGUCACAUUAACCGCUGGGGCCGAUGCUCUGUCCCCAUCAACACUCUAGACAUAGGACUCAAACACAGGCAGCUGGACACAGUCUCAUUCUUUCUGAAGAGUAAAGAAAAUAUGUUCUCAGUUGAUGAAAGUGAUCCAUCAAGCCCUGCCUCUCCCAGUCCAUCCUCCCCUGUCUGGACCACAGGAUGUGGUUACCAUGACAACUUGAUGCAGUUGGAGCCAGCCCUGAGGUUACUGAUACAGACGAUGUCAGACAACAUGGCAGACAAGCAGUCAGUCAGCUUCUCCAGGAAGUUAGCAGACAUAACCUUGACCUUUCUGUACAAGCUGCUACAAGACACUGUUACCCUGACUGAAUCAACAAAGAACAAGGGAAAUAAAAAGGAAGAGGUUACAGAUUUGGAGCAUUGCUUGGACAGCUUGUUGUCAUUUAUCUCAGAAAUCAGACAGUGUGUCAGGCAGGGGGAAACUGUAGACAUCAGUAUAAAGAGAGCCGAGAGUGUGACAGACAGGAAGACAGCAUCUAGGCAGGUGUCUAGGGAACAACAGAACAUACAGGAAAGUAAGAAGGAUGAGGUGUUGGAGGCCCUGCUAAAUAACACAGUACCAGAGUUACAGACAAAACUGUGUUCAGCUGGAACGUCCAGCAUGGCUUCUAUAGACAGGAUUUAUCAGAAGGGGAUGGAGAGGAUCCAUUCAUACCUUAGUCAGAAGAAUGCCCAACCUGCAGUGAUUAUACUGGCAAAUCUGGGUGUUGAUGUUGACCAAAUGCUGUAUGAGAUAGCAUCUUUGACUGUUAACCCGGAGGUGAGAGAGUUUAUAAUUCAGGAAUGUAUGAGUUACUCCCUGUCUCCACAGCAGGCCAGUGAUGUGACCUUUGUUCAUGACCUUGAAAAGGCCUCCAAGCAUGAACACAUGAAAUCAGAAACAAGAGAAAAGAAUGAGAGUGUACAUCAGAAGGAGCUGGAAUUGGUUUUACAGGAAGGGAAGGAGGCCAGGUUUUCUCUGUCCUCAGGGGACUCCUGUCCCGGUGUACUGCUGGACUGGGUACAGCACUGGGACAGGGACACCAGACAGCUCAUACUGCUAGAAACGGGGGGUAAAGGUAAGGAAGAUAUAGACAUUCAGCUAUACAUCCAGUAUCUGUUGUGGAACAAUAGAUCAGACUUACUGAUUGAAUGGAUUAAGGAGAAGGGAACACAGCAUGGAGAUGUUAUACACAGAGAACUAGCUAACAGUCACUGCACAGAAUUCACAAGGCAGUUAGUCACUAGAGAGCUGUUCAGACUGGACUGUUAUGGGGAAUUUGGAGAAACCAACACAUUUCUACAGAAGCUGAGGUCAGUAGGCGGUCCGCUGGUCAGAAAUAUCCCAGAAUUCCACGUCCCUUUCAUCUGCUUCUGUGUGAUGGAAAAUUUACCUGACGUUCUAUGGCAUUAUUGCACAGAUCACAGCAUUUCAGUAGAUGUGCUGCAAGACUCUAUAAAGGCUCAGAACUGUAAAGCUGAGUGGUUGGACAUGUUUGUCAUCUUCUACGAUCUAGCCCACAGGAAACAAAACAGACUUGAAGCUGGGGAUGUGUAUAAUCUAAGUCUUUCAAAUUCAUCCUGGAGUUUUGGCCUGGAGGCUCCCUCUAUCAUUACACUUCUACAGCAAGGGCAGACAAUCACUGCUUUAGCUACAUUAAUGUAUUCACCUGCAAUUUUACAGCAGGUUGUGUGUGGGAGUAUGGCAGAGCAAGAACUGAAGGUCAUAGAGGGAAAACUGAAGGAAUAUCCUAAACUUUAUGGGAUGUUCUUCUCUGUCACGUCCCGGGAAAUACCCUCCAACGACAUCACCAUCUACCAGCUCCUGAAGAACAAUGCAGCAUUUGAUCCCUGUCGACUUUUUGGAUGGCAAACCCUCAACACUCUAUACAGUGGUGAAGAGAAUAUGAAACAGUUGCCGAGUUUCUCUCAGGUUGAUUUAGUGGCUCGGUUUGGUUAUUCCGAGAGAAUUCGAUACACCUACUACCUCAAACAAGGCAGACCAGCCUUUGCUCUCCUCUCUUUCCUGUCAGAAGAAAUUGACUCUGUGUCUCAGGAAGUCUGUCCACAGAGAUUGUCUGAGGCAGGUAAUGCGGCAGCCUGGAUAGGAGUCCGCCAUUAUCACAAUUCUCAGGUGGCGUGUGCCUGCGUGGCUUUUAUUGAGAUGCUGGGACAGGAGAGCCUGGUCUUACGAACUCUGUUACAGGCUGGGCAGGAAGUGGUGCUUCAUCUGAACAGGAACCUCACCAGUGCCGGCGAUCAAAGACGGGAACAAGCCAAGAAAAAUGACGAGCUUAUAGUGUCUUGGUUAUGUGCCUGUUUAGUGUACAAAGGUCAACAUGCUGUGACUCUACUACACCAACUUGAGGCUGCAAUCAAGGGGUCUUUAGAGAAAGACAAAAUUCCAAGCACUAGUUUUGAGGCUGGACAGAGAUGGACGAUAGCCGUGAUCUUCUGUCAGCUGAUGUCUGUGUCCUGGACUACGGUUUUUCUGGAGAUGUGUGCUAAAGCUGACAAGUGGUUGUCAUUUCUCUGGUUCGCCCAGCUUCACCAGUAUUCUAAACAACAGUUGCAGCCCUUGCUGUACAAGUUCAGAUGUCCUCACCUUAAGCAACAUCUACACUACGUGAUAGAGAAUGCCGAGUCUAAGAUGUCAGCUGGAACCACUGGGCCAGUCAUUCAGGGGAAGCAAUCCCCCAGUAAAGACGUCCGCUCCUCACUCUACGCUAGGAUAGGACUGACCAAAGACAAGGAAAACAAUGAAAGUAGCAGCAGCUGUGAGGAAGAAACUAAGAGCAAAGUGAUCGACUCUGAUGAAUGGCUUCAGCAUUUGAUGGAUGUGAACCCAGACUCGUUACCUGACGACCUGUUCCAGGUAGUGUUUAUCGCCCAGUCCACCCCCUCCCCCUGGAAGGCCCUCCUGGUGUACGCCAUUCUCCUACACAACCCAGUCCUGGCUGUCCUAGCGGCCUGUGAUCAGGGUUCAGCAGAGUUUUCCUGCCUCUGUGGUUGGUCUGUUGCGAUGAUGGAUGUGGAAUCACAUGACCACUUUAUAACCAAUCACGGGAAGUCUGUGUGGGCUUGGGGAUCAAAACACUUUGACAAAAUUCUUGGUAUCUACCUGGAUAAAAAUUGGAUGUCUACUCUAGCAACAGGACUGAGUAUUUUUCUGCCUGACUCGCCAUUGCUUCCAUUCUGUCAGUUCUCAGCUGCCCUGAGUGAGAGGAGUGAUUACAAGGAGUGUAAAGUCUGCCUGGAACAGUUCAAAGAAGAAAUGCAGAGGAUCGGUGGAGUAGACUCCCCGCCUGAUCCCCCUGUGUAUAAGGCCUCUGAUUGGCUGCAGCAGGAGACGUACCACAUCAUCCAGCACCACCUGUACCACACCAACAACCUCCACACUCUGCUCCACCUCCUCAGACUGUUAGACAGUCAGAGCAUCGUACUCGUCUUCAAGUUUGACGUUAUUGAUUUUGGUCAGUUGGCACGUCUUUUGAACAUCAUUGUAAGUGCACAUGUACUGGAUGUUAAUUUCAAAAACCUUGUGUCCAGCAAAGCCGAGAACUUCCAGGAUGAGUGCAGAAAGGUCGUGGACCAUCUGACAAAGAAGCACUUGUUCAAAGAAGCCAGAAAAGUGGCCAGAGAGAGUGGAAUUAACAUGGAUGAUGUCACAAUAGAAGAGAACAAGUAUGAGAAGGAGAAGUUGAGGGGUACGUCCCUGUGGAAGGAUCAGCUGGCCAGGAGGAGGUUCUGGUCCGUGUGUGAGGAGCGGUGUAGACAACACAGAGUUGCCUCCCUUACCGUGUACCAGUACUUCCAGAGUGAAGCUGAGCAGACUCAGGACUUGAGUGAGAAGGCUUUCCUUUACCAACUCGGACAUCAUUGGAUUGAAAACCUGGAGACCAGUGAACAUCAGGGACUCGGGGACCUGUUGUACAAUAAGAUGUGGAGAGCACGUAUUGAGAAUGCUGUCAAUAUUCUACAGACUCAGCAGAUGUCAGGCUCCAUGGAGAUGUCAGAAGAUUUAUUUUCUCUUCUUGAACUAAACACAGUGGUGGGCAGCCCAUCGCCCACUGAACUUCUGUCACUGGGCAAGACCCCCAGCAUGGAGAGCUCCCCCAACAACCUCUCAGAACAGGAAGUGGAUGCACUACAAGUGAUAAUUAACCAGUUACUAGACAGGGGACACAACUCUCACAGCUGUAGGCUGGCUGCCGAAUUUGGGGUGUACAACAAGGACCUAGCUAUUGUGGUGAGCUGCAUCAGACUGGCUCGAGGUGUAACAGAUGUGAACAGUCUUCCAGAUGGUGUAAAGUCCAUCCUAACUGGUUCUCCAUCCAAACAUAGACACUCUAUAGCCACACCAGUAUCUGUACCCACACUGUCUAGUGUGGUCAGUAUGACUUCUCUUGGAGGAAUGAAAACUGAUUUCCUGUCCCCCGAUAAAGAACAGAUUAUCGUCACCAUGGAAACCCUAGAAAGUGAGCUCAGACACGGAAAGAAAUGCUGUAAAAGGAUCGUGACCUGCUUCCUGAUAGCCUGUACUUUGGGUCAGUCUUAUGAGGAUACAGUGCCUUGUCACGAGUUUGAUGUACUGAAACAGCUACUGAGGUCAGAAUCUGAUCAGAAGUUCCGCUUGGCUGCAGAUUACCUCAGCACGACCAACCUUAAGUCAGUGGAGAUUGCAAGUUUUCUUUGUGAUUCUAUUGUUGAAGUUUACAAGGUCAUGUUUGCAAAUGCUACAGCUGUCAGUAAGAAAGAUGGAGCAUUGACCUUUAACCCCUCAGAAAAGAGUGAAGAUGCUGUUAAUUUUGUGAAGUUGUGUCCUGUCCCCGCUACUCUGGGGAAUAAACUUCUGGACGCCAUGACAUCUCUCUCGGGGGAGGAUCAAGACAUUCCUAAACACAUAUUGGACAUUCAGACAGAGUUACUGAUCUUGGCACAUCUGUGUCACUCCUCUGUUUGUAACAUGGAGGGGAUCUCCAACGUCCUCAGGGCUGCCAGGGUGAUGACAGAAUGGAUGGAGAAAGCUGGACAAUUCAGGAACAUGGUUAGACUGUUAACUGGGAUUGGACGCUUCAAUGAAAUGGUUUAUAUAUUCGAUUCUUUGAAGCACAAUGAAAAGUUUGAGCUGUUACUCAGUAAAGGGAUAGAGAAGGAGAAGAGUCUGAAGAUGGCCAUAAUAGAUUAUCUGAAGCGAUACCACCCUCACGACAAUGAGACCUUUGACAUGGUGGUCCACUACUUCAUGAUGCACAGAGAGAUUGGCCAUUUAUUAGAGACCAGGGCCCAGCAAAUUCUCGAGGCAUUCAGAGAGAUCCCCGUAGAUUCCUGUCAGGAGACGCAAACCAAUCUCCAGUCAGCUGUCCAGUUUUACAUGGAUGCUGCGGAAAGCUACUGCAAGGAAGGUUGUAUGAGACACGCCCAGAACUGUAUGAAGCAGGCCAGACUUGUGGCCUUACAGCUGCACUAUUUAACCUCAGGGGUCAAGGUCAUUCAUAUGUCAGAUGAAGAAGCUGACCAGUUCAUCAAGUCUCAUCCAAAAUUCUCAGAGGCAUUAAUCGUGAGUGAGAGCUACAAUAGGACGGGCUGUUGGAAGCAUGCUCUGUGUCAGAAUGUGGUCAUCACUGGAGACUUCCGCUAUCUCCAGGACUUAAAGAGACACAUCAAACUGACGCCCUCUCUGAUCAAGGAGGUGGUCAAGGUAUUCCAGCAGGAUCCUAACCGUUCUGUGAAUCAGAGAAAUGUGGAGAGGUUUAUAAUGAAUUGUACGGACCUGAGAUUACAGAUCCAGCUGGCCCGCGAGCUCGAUCUGCGAGCUUUUCUGUCAGAUUUACAGAAAAAAGACUGUAGUAGUUAUAUACAAGACGUAAUGGCUAACUCCUAACAGCAGACAAGUAGAAAUCCUUUCCUUCAAAGGUUGUGUUAAUAUUAUUUUCUAAAAUUAACACCUAAAAUACUGAUAAAACAUAAAAA